AUGUGUGGGAAUGAUAAAAAGAAGAAGAAACAAAAAGUUGAAGAUUUUGUGCAAUCUAUGGCUGGUACAAUUGAAAAGUUUAUAACAAGGGGAAAUAAUACAGUAAGUUCGGGUUCAAAGUCAGUUGAGAAUUCGAUGAACACUGAUUUUUCAGUUGAGGCAGAAUUUGAUUUAAAUAUUGAGGAACAACAUGAAGAUCAAGUGAAUGAAGAACGUGAUAUCUUGGUGAAUGAAGAACCUAGUCAAAAAAAUGAUGAAAAUUCGAAUGAGGAUAAGCAAGAAGGUUGUGAAGCAGGGCCUUUGAAUAUUUACGAUCCCGGAAAUUGGGAUAAGAUUGAUCACAAUCUGAGAAAUAUUUUGGUAGAAAGAGGGCCAAUAAGAAUAACAGAUGAUGACGUCACUUUUCCUAAAGAUAGGAGUGGUAGACAUUUUUCUUGUACAUUUUAUGUCCGAGAUCUGUUAAAUGGGGAGAAACAAGAUAGAAAAUGGUUGAUAUAUUCCCUCGUUGAAGACAAAAUAUUCUGUUUUUGCUGUAAAUUGUUCAAGCAGGAUAAAGUCAUCUCUCGUCUAACUGCUGAAGGGUACAAGGAUUGGAGAAAUAUUGGUAAAAGACUUAAAAGUCACGAAACCAGCAGAGAACACCUUACAUGCAUGAGUAAAUGGAUUGAUUUGCAGAUGAGACUGAAAAAGUACGAGACAAUAAACAAGAGUUUGCAAGUGCAAAUCAAUAAAGAGAGAGAACAUUGGCGACAAGUAUUAUUGAGGAUAAUUGCUCUGGUGAAAACGCUUGCUAAUAAUAAUUUAGCAUUUCGUGGAGAUAAUGAGAAAAUUGAUCAAGAGAACAAUGGCAACUUUUUAAGCUUUAUUCAGAUGAUUGCAGAAUUUGAUCCUGUUAUGCAAGACCACCUCCGGCGUAUUAAGGGUGGAUCGAUUUAUCAUCAUUACCUCAGUCACAAGAUUCAGAAUGAAUUGAUUCAGAUGUUAGCAGGUUUGGGCCUUUUUAAUGUACUUAAUGAUGCAUUGAACAAUCUUGAACUUGAUAUUGCCGACAUAAGAGGUCAAGGUUAUGAUAAUGGGGCUAACAUGAAAGGAAAAUACAAAGGUGUUCAGAGAAGACUACUUGAAGUGAACCCGAGAGCGUUUUAUACACCAUGUGGUUGUCAUAGUUUAAAUCUUACACUUUGUGAUAUGGCCGGUUGUUGUACCAAAGCUGAAUCUUUUUUCGGAGUAGUGCAGCGUAUUUAUACUUUGUUUGCAUCUUCUACAAAGCGGUGGGAUAUUUUAAAACGUCAUGUUCAAGAACUUACACUUAAGCCAUUGUCUCAAACUCGAUGGGAAAGCCGUGUUGAAAGUCUUAGAGCUAUUAGAUACCAAGCACCAAAAAUAAGAGAUGCAUUACUUGACUUGGCAAAUAGUAGAGAAGACGCCAAAACAAAGAGUGAAGCUAAUUCUUUGGUCACUCAUGAACUUGAGAAUUUUGAGUUCUUGUUUGGCAUGAUUAUCUGGCAUAAUGUGUUGUUUACUGUAAACGUUGUUAGCAACAUUCUUCAAGCUGAAGAUAUGGAUAUUGAUGUUGAUAUCAAACAACUUAAGGGAUUAAUUUCCUUUUUUGAGAAGUACAGAGAAAGUGGAUUUUCGGAGGCAAAGGCUGAAGCUAAUGAAAUUGCAAACGAGAUGGGAAUUGAUCCUGUAUUUUCUGAAAAACGCAUCAUUCAUAGAAGAAAACAUUUUGACGAGAGUUCUAGUGAAGAUGUGUUACAAUCAACCGAAGAAUGCUUUAUAGUGAAGUACUUUCUCUAUGUGGUAGAUCAAGCGCUUCUGUCGCUCAAUACCAGAUUUGAACAACUUCAAAAAUAUGAUGAAAAAUUCGGUUUUUUGUUCGACUUCAAGAGACUAAAAUCGAUUGAUGAUGAGGCUUUAAAUACUUACUGUGUUAACCUUGAAGAGUAUUUGAAACACGACACUUGUGAUAUUGAUGGGAUGGAUUUAUGUAUGGAGUUAAAAAUCUUUAGAUAUAUUUUAGCAGAAGAACUGAAAAGGCCGAUUGAAGUGUUGAAUUAUUUGCAGGUUAUAGGCGGUGGUUUUCCGAAUACAUGGAUUGCUUGCCGGAUUUUGUUGACGAUUCCUGUUACUGUUGCAUCAGCUGAAAGGACAUUUUCAAAGUUAAAGUUGAUUAAGUCUUACCUCCGAUCAACCAUGUCGCAAGAAAGAUUAAACGGACUAGCGAUGUUGUCGAUUGAGAAGGAUAUGGUACGAAAGAUUGAUUAUUCGAGUGUUAUUAGUGAUUUUGCUUCAAAAAAUGCUAGAAGGGUAAUAUUUAAGUGA